AUUCAGGUAAUUCCUCCAGGAGUGGAAUUUCACCAUAUCAUUCCACAUGAUGGAGACAUAGACAGAGAAGUAGGAAAUGAAGAUAGCUCGGGAAGUCCAGAUCCACCAAUUUGGUCAGAGAUAAUGCGCUUCUUUAGCAAUCCACGCAAGCCUAUGAUACUUGCUCUUGCCAGGCCAGAUCCAAAAAAGAAUUUAAUCACUUUAGUCAAAGCUUUUGGAGAGUGCCGUCAACUCAGGGAGCUUGCAAACCUUACAUUGAUAAUGGGAAACCGUGAUGCAAUUGAUGAAAUGUCAACUACAAAUUCAUCUGUUCUUCUUUCAAUACUUAAAUUGAUUGAUAAAUAUGACCUGUAUGGUCUAGUUGCAUAUCCCAAACACCACAAGCAAUCUGAUGUUCCUGAAAUAUACCGUCUGGCUGCAAAAACAAAGGGCGUCUUCAUAAACCCAGCUUUUAUUGAGCCGUUUGGUCUUACUUUAGUUGAGGCAGCAGCUUAUGGUCUGCCUAUUGUUGCCACAACAAAUGGAGGUCCUGUUGACAUUCAUCGGGUGCUUGAUAACGGUUUGCUAGUCGACCCACACAAUCAGCAAUCUAUUGCUGAUGCACUCCUGAAGCUUGUUGCUGACAAGCAACUUUGGGCAAAAUGUAGGGAGCAUGGAUUGAAAAAUAUUAAUCUUUUCUCGUGGCCUGAGCAUUGUAAGGCUUAUUUAGCUCGAGUAACAAGUUGCAAGCAGAGGCAGCCAAAAUGGCUGAGAAACAAUGAUGUUGAUACAGAUUCAGAAUCCGAUGCCCCUGGAGAAUCCUUGAGAGAUAUUCAUGACCUAUCUUUAAAUUUAAAUAUUUCAUUAGAUGGUGAUAUUAAUGAAGGGAUUGGAAGUUCGAAUAAUGCUUCAACUUGCAGAGAAAAUGCUAUUGAUGGGAAAAACCAGGUGAAUGGUACAGCUUUGACCUUGUCCUUGGAUGAGUCCAUGGAUAAAGCAGAAAGCAGCAAGUUUUCAGCAUCGAGGAAUAAAGUCAUACAUGUUAUUGCAGUAGACUGUGAUUCAACAGCAGAUAUUCUAAACUUUACCAAAACAAUAAUUGAGGCUGGCAGGACGGAUGGGAAUGCAGAUUCUGUCAGCUUCAUCUUGUCUACAGCUUCGACUUUAUUGGAGAUUAACUCUCUUCUGAAUACGGGUGGUCUCAAGCCCAGUGAUUUCUUUGCAUUCAUCUGCAAUAGUGGAGGUGAGAUAUACUAUCCGUCUCCAGAUUCCGAGGAAAAUUCUUCUGGAUCUCCUUACAUUAUCGAUUCAGUUUAUCAUUCACACAUGGAGUAUCGUUGGGGUAAAGAAAGUUUGAGGAAUAUGUUGGUUCGAUGGGCUACUUCCAUAAACGAUAAAAUGAAAGGAAAAGAUGGACCAGUUCUCUCCGAAGAUAAUUCAGGAUCUUCACAUUGCUAUGCAUUUAAAGUGAAGAACCCGGCACUCAAUGUGACCAGUUUCUUACUCAUUUUACUUUCUAGUUACAAUGUUCUUCAAUUA